AAUAUCCUAAUUUUUGUAUAGUAAUAGAUGAUUGCAUUUUAAUUAAAAGAAGUAGAUAAAGGUUUGAUACCUGAUAGAAUUAUAUAAGAGAUAAUCAGCAAACUGCCAAAAGAGUAAGUUGAAAAGGCUAAUUACUUUAAUUAAUUAUUUGAUUAGGCUUCAUAAAUUCUUAGUGAUGAAGGGAUUGAUGAAAAUAUUAAAAUUGAAAGAGCUUUAAUUAAAAAUGAUUUAAGAAGUUAAGUUUGGGAAGUUGCUUUAAAGGGAGAAGAAAAUACUGAGUAUUAAGAUAAAAAGAUUCAAGGUAUUUCAUAUACUUAAUAAUUAAGGUUAUUUAAUUUUACCUAAUGAUUAUCCUAAAGCUGCUCCAAAAUUCUAUUUUUGGUUUUUUAAAGAUAAUUAAAAAAUAAUUCAUGAAAAUAUUUAUGGAGGUACCAAUUAUAUUUAUUUAAGAUGGAUUACUUUGUAUGCCAAUGGUAACAAAUAAUUGGAAAGGAAAUGAAGGAUUAACAUAAGUCUUGACAACAAUUAGAGAUAUUUUUAAUCAUCCAAAUAUUAAAGAUCCAGCUAAUCCUAUUUUUACAUAGGCUAUUCCUGCUGAAAAAACUAGAAGAAGAAAAGCAUAAUCAGAAUUAUUAGAGGAUUGGGAAUGAUCUAAUUAUUUUAAAUAUAAAGAAUUUAUUAUAU